CUAAAAAAUCAGUCUGUUAAUCGCCGUUAACGGACUUAGACGUGCAUCUCUCCGACACGUCGAAACAGUAACAAAAUAAAGUUGAAUCGGUGCGCGCGCUUGAACUUGGCGUGAAUGUCGCGAUUUGUUCGUUGAGCAAUACAAUUAGAUAAAUAAAGUGUGCAAUGCAUAAUUAAUUCAAGUGACACGCAAGGAGGAUUAACAGACAACACAAAACAAAAAAUUAAAAUUUGAAGUAUUAAAAGCAACGCUGCAACAAAAUGACGGAGGAAAAUGAUAAUAAACCCACUAAUGGGGUUUCAAAAAGCGCAGAACCAGAAAUAAAUGAAAAUGGCAAGUCUGCGGCCGAUGAAAUUCAUGAGGCUACAACAAUUGCUGAAAAACCACUGGAGAAUCCGAUUGUACCUAGCAAUGGCCUAACUGAGAAGGAUAAGAAUGGUGCAUUUGAGGAUCGUAUCAUCGAACCUGUUUUCAAUGUCUCUGAAGCAGAGGGACAAGUCAAGAAACUACCUUAUCCGAAAUCAGUGUUCUUUAUCAUCAGUAAUGAGUUCUGCGAACGCUUCAACUACUAUGGCAUGCGAACCAUUCUCGUUUUGUACCUGAGCCGGCAACUGCAUUACGAUGACGACACCGCUACCGUUAUUUUCCACAUCUUCACUAUGCUUGUAUACUUCUUGUGCGUCUUUGGUGCGAUCAUCUCGGACAGUUGGCUUGGAAAAUUCAAAACGAUCUUUUAUCUCUCGCUUGUCUAUGUUGCUGGUUCCGUGUUGGUUGCGCUUGGUGCGGUGCCGCCGCUGAAUUUGCCCGCUACAACAUUUACCAUGAUCGGUUUGGCACUUAUAGCUUUGGGCUCGGGCGGCAUAAAACCGUGCGUCUCUGCUUUUGGCGGCGAUCAGUUCAAGAUGCCCGAACAAGUGAAGCAAAUGACCACUUUCUUCUCACUCUUCUACUUCUCGAUCAAUGCUGGUUCAUUGAUUUCGACUACAGUAACACCGAUUUUACGCGAGGAUGUGCACUGCUUCGGCGAAAAGGAGUGCUAUUCAUUGGCUUUUGGCGUACCGGCGCUGCUCAUGGCUGUCUCGAUAAUUGUCUUCGUGUUGGGUCGUCCACUGUACAAGAGCAAACCACCAGCAGGCAAUAUGGUCGUGUUGGUCAGCAAAACCAUUGGUAACGCAAUUUCCACCAGAUGGAGUGAGAAGAAGACCAAUCCACGCGAACACUGGCUAGACUACGCCGAUAAGAAAUACGACCGUCAAUUGAUCGAAGAUGUCAAGGUGUUGAUGCGUGUUCUGGUACUCUAUCUGCCGUUGCCCGUCUUCUGGGCACUCUUCGAUCAGCAGGGUUCACGUUGGACCAUACAGGCAACACGUAUGGAUGGUGACAUGGGAUCGUGGGAUAUCAAACCAGAUCAAAUGCAAAUGAUAAAUCCUUUCUUGAUUCUGGCCUUCAUUCCACUUUACGAGCUCCUUUUCUAUCCACUGCUUAGCUUCAUCGGUAUUCGUCGUCCAUUGCAAAAGCUGACAUUAGGUGGCAUUUUUGCGGGCAUAGCUUUCGUUGUUUCCGGCCUCGUGGAGUUAAGCUUGGAGAACACCUAUCCGAUUAUGCCAACCCCUGGGAAUGCGCAACUUCGUGUUUACAAUGGUGAACACUGUGAUUAUGCCAUUACUAGCAAUUUGACCGGUUUAAAUUUCGACAUAGCGCCGCUGGAUAUGUUUGUGAAUCGAAGCAUUAACAUUGACUCGACCAAUCAUUUGUAUGUCGAAUUUCAGUUCACUGAGAAAGCGGGUCUGAACUGCUUCGAAUUCCCUAAACAGACAUUUGUUUUCAAUACAACAACAGCACAUUACUUGUUUUUGAAUUCGAGAAAUACCACACAUCCACUAAUAUGGGCCGUGGACAAAAUAGACAAACCCAGCCGUGGUUAUCCCUUCGGACGUACUUUAGCAAACGUGCAGUCGGGUCGCAAAAUUGAGUGGAAGAAUAAGAAGGGUUCCAUUGAGCACACAGAACCAGCCAAUUUGCGUAACCAAACCGAGCUGAAAUCUGGCGAUUAUGAAAUUCUGGUCGAUAACACUGUCGUAGCAAAUCAGUACCUCAAAGUUGGUGGCAUAUAUACGGUUAUAAUAAACGAAGAAUCGAGCGGUGUUUAUAAGAGUAAUGUCGUUAUUGUAACAGAACCGAAUUUCAUCUCCAUUUUCUGGUUGAUUCCGCAAUACGUAAUUAUGACACUCGGUGAGGUUAUGUUCUCCGUAACUGGUCUGGAGUUUUCAUAUGCACAAGCGCCGGUGACAAUGAAAUCAGUAUUGCAAGCCUGCUGGCUACUUACAGUGGCGUUCGGUAAUGUGAUUGUCGUGAUUAUCGCCGAAUUGAAACUCUUCGAUUCGCAAGCGUCCGAGUUCUUCCUGUUCGCUGGUCUUAUGUUUGUCGAUAUGAUCAUCUUUAUGUUUGUUGCCUACCGAUACAAGCCGAACCAGUCGACGUCACACAGCGAAGCUGAGCCAUUAACGCCGGCGGAAACCAACGAGAAGGUUGGCAUUGACAAUGUGGCGAAAUCGAUCGAUGAGUAGGCUGAAUUUCUUUGUAUUCCAUUGUACUAGUAAAUAUGUAAUUUAAUGUUAA